GGUGGCUGUCAGAGCCGGCUCAGCCUGCGCCGGGGAACAUCGGCCGCCUCCAGCUCCCGGCGCGGCCCGGCCAGGCUCGGCCGCCUCAGAGCUCCGGCCCUGGCCAACCCAGGAGAGAAACUUGGGCUGCGCCUUCCAUCUGCAAGCUCCCCCAACGGAGCCGCCCGUCAGUGAGGGCCGCGCCCCUGUCCUGUGGCCUGUGCGUGGACUGCGGCCUCUAGUGCCGGCACUGCAUGCACUUGCCCAGCCCAGCCCACGGAGCCAGGGGAAGGAGCAGACGACCGCUUACCCUGGCAGCCAUGAGGCCUCCGUGGUGUCCCCUGCACACGCCCUCUCUGGCUUCCCCAUUCCUUCUCCUUCUCCUCUCCCUCCUGGGAGGAGGGGCAGGGGCUGAGGGCCAGGAGGACCCAGAGCUGCUGGUGACUGUGCGUGGGGGCCGGCUGCGGGGCAUCCGCCUAAAGGCCCCCGGGGGCCAUGUCUCUGCUUUUCUGGGCAUUCCCUUCGCGGAGCCACCUGUGGGCCCCCGUCGCUUCCUGCCACCAGAGCCCAAGCGUCCCUGGCCAGGGGUGCUGGACGCUACAGCCUUCCAGAGUGUCUGCUACCAAUAUGUGGACACCCUGUACCCUGGUUUUGAGGGUACUGAGAUGUGGAACCCCAACCGUGAGCUGAGCGAGGACUGCCUCUACCUCAAUGUGUGGACACCAUACCCCCGGCCUGAGUCCCCCACUCCUGUCCUCGUCUGGAUCUAUGGGGGUGGAUUCUAUAGUGGGGCCUCCUCCCUGGACGUGUAUGAUGGCCGCUUCCUGGUACAGGCCGAAGGGACUGUGCUGGUGUCUAUGAACUACCGGGUGGGAGCCUUUGGCUUCUUGGCCCUGCCGGGAAGCCGAGAAGCCCCAGGCAAUGUGGGUCUUCUGGAUCAGAGGCUGGCACUGCAGUGGGUGCAGGAGAACGUGGCAGCCUUUGGUGGGGACCCAACGUCAGUGACACUGUUUGGGGAGAGUGCAGGGGCCGCUUCAGUGGGCAUGCACCUGCUGUCCCCACCCAGCCGGGGCCUGUUCCACAGGGCUGUGCUGCAGAGUGGUGCACCCAAUGGGCCCUGGGCCACAGUGGGCGUGGGAGAGGCCCGCCGCAGAGCCACACUGCUGGCCCGCCUUGUAGGCUGUCCCCCAGGUGGCACCGGUGGGAAUGACACAGAAUUGGUAGCCUGCCUGCGGACACGACCAGCUCAGGAUCUGGUGGACCACGAAUGGCACGUGCUGCCUCAGGAAAGUGUCUUCCGAUUUUCCUUCGUGCCUGUGGUGGAUGGAGACUUCCUCAGUGACACACCCGAGGCACUCAUCAAUGCAGGAGACUUCCACAGCCUGCAGGUGCUGGUGGGUGUGGUGAAGGAUGAGGGCUCCUAUUUUCUGGUUUACGGGGCCCCAGGCUUCAGCAAAGACAACGAGUCUCUCAUCAGCCGGGCCCAGUUCCUGGCCGGGGUGCGGGUCGGGGUCCCCCAGGCGAGCGACCUGGCGGCCGAGGCUGUGGUCCUGCAUUACACAGACUGGCUGCACCCUGAGGAUCCAGCGCGCCUGAGGGAGGCCCUGAGUGAUGUGGUGGGUGACCACAAUGUCGUGUGCCCUGUGGCCCAGCUGGCUGGGCGACUGGCUGCCCAGGGUGCCCGUGUCUAUGCCUACAUCUUUGAGCACCGUGCCUCCACGCUCUCCUGGCCCCUGUGGAUGGGGGUGCCCCACGGCUACGAGAUCGAGUUCAUCUUUGGGCUUCCCCUGGAACCUUCACUGAACUACACCAUCGAGGAGAGAAUCUUCGCCCGGCGACUGAUGAGAUACUGGGCCAACUUCGCCCGCACAGGGUCAGCAAUGCCGAAGGGAGGAGGGCCUCCGGGGCCAGGGAGAGACCCCAAUGACCCCCGCGACCCCAAAGCCCCGCAGUGGCCCCCGUACACGGCGGGAGCGCAGCAGUACGUGAGCCUGGACCUGAGGCCGCUGGAGGUGCGGCGGGGGCUGCGCGCCCAGGCCUGCGCCUUCUGGAACCGCUUCCUACCCAAAUUGCUCAGUGCCACCGACACGCUGGACGAGGCGGAACGCCAGUGGAAGGCCGAGUUCCACCGCUGGAGCUCCUACAUGGUGCACUGGAAGAACCAGUUCGACCAUUACAGCAAGCAGGAUCGCUGCUCAGACCUGUGACCCAGGCGGGACCCCCACGUCCCCCGGCCCCCGACCUGUAUAUACUAUUUAUUUAAGGGCUGGGAUAUAACACAGACGAACCCCAGACCCUGCCCAUCCCCCGACUUCCCCCCGGGGCUCCCCGUCUCCUGCAUGUCUCGGGCCGAGCUCCCUCCCCCGCGGUGCCUUCGCCCCUCUGGGCUGCCAAUAAACUGUUACAGCCA